AUGGCCGAAGCUACCACCAAAGUCCAAUCCCUCAUCAACCAGAACGAUGUUGUGGUCUUCUCCAAGUCGUACUGCCCUUACUGCAAGGCGACCAAGAGCACUCUUGAGAAGCUAGGUGCUGAGUUCACCGUCCACGAGCUUGACAAGCUUCCCGAUGGCGCCGAGCUCCAAGACGCGCUCGAGUCAGUCAGCGGUCAGCGUACCGUCCCCAACAGCUUCAUCAAGCAGAAGCAUAUUGGUGGCAACUCUGACCUCCAAGAUCUCCUCAAGAGGGGCGAGCUCGAGAAGCUCCUCCGUGAGGCGAAUGCCUUGAAGCUUUAA